ACGUUAUUAGUUUACUAUACAAUCUAAAUAGACGAGUAUGAGGAGCUUGGAAAAUUGCAUUCUGCUGGGUCUUCUGAUCCUCGCUACUCCUAUUGAUUGCCAGAAGCUGAAACAAGUUGACUGCACGGCCAAUGGAACUCAAACAGAGUGUCCUACAGCAUGUCCUGAAACCUGCGAGUACUACGGUCCAGGACAAUGUUUUAGAAUAUGUGGAGCUCCUUGUGUGUGUAAGCCAGGAUAUGUGAUCAAUGCCAAGAUUCCAGCCUGUGUGCUGCUCUCAGAUUGCCCGAAAGGUGUAAUUAGAACACCACAUAUGAAACCAAACCAAGUCAUCGAUAACUUCAAAUGCUUUAGUAUGAAUAAGGACUGUUCGAAACCACAGUGAAUGGUGAUAUAAACACUUUGAUUAAAGUAUUUUCAGUAUCGAUUAA